AUGUCCGAGCGAGGUCAUUUUCGAGGAGGCGGUCGUGGAGGAGGCCACGGCGGAAAUCGAGGGGGGCGAGGCGGCGGAGGUCGAGGUGGUGGCAGUGCCUCUCACCAGUCCAAUCAAUCUCAUGAAAAGCCCAAGAAGGAAAAUAUUCUCGACCUGACUAAAUACGUCGACAAGCAGAUCAACGUCAAAUUCAACGGCGGCAGAGAAAUCGUCGGGACCCUCAAAGGCUACGAUCAAUUGAUGAAUCUGGUGCUUGAUGAUGUCAAAGAGACCAUGAGAGUGCUAGAUGAUGAAGGGAAUGAGACCACCAGGCCACUGGGUCUGGUUGUCGCUCGCGGAACCCUACUCGUGCUGAUCUCCCCGAUGGACGGAAGUGAAGAAAUUGAAAAUCCUUUCCAGCAGCCAACAGAAGAAUAG